AUGGCGGACGAGGACGACAUUCUGCGCAUCCUGGUCUCCACCGACAACCACUUGGGCGUGUGGGAGAAGGACGAGGUUCGCAAGGACGACUCGUUCAUUUCGUUUGAGGAGGUGUUCCAGAUAGCGGCCGACAACAAUGCGGACUUUGUGCUGCUGGGCGGGGACCUGCGUGUGAACUACGAGGACCCCAACUACAACGUGGCCCUGCCGGUGCUCACCAUCCACGGCAACCACGAUGACCCGGCGGGGGCGGAGAACCUGAGCGCCGUCGACAUCAUGUCCACCUGCCGCCUGCUCAACUACUUUGGCAAGGCGUCGAUCGAGGGGCAGGGGGUGGGCAAGCUGCGGGUGGCGCCUGUGCUGCUGCGCAAGGGCGGCACGCACGUGGCGCUGUACGGGCUGGGCAACCUGCGGGACGAGCGCCUGUGCCGCCUCUUCCAGACCCCCGGCUGCGUGGAGUGGGCCCGCCCCGCCGACACUCCCGAGGUCGGAAAGGACGACUGGUUCAACGUCUUUGUGCUGCACCAGAACCGGGUGGCGCACACGCAGACUGCCAAGAACUGCCUGAAGGAGGGCGCGCUGGCUCGCUUCCUGGACCUGGUGGUGUGGGGCCACGAGCACGAGUGCCUGGCGGAGCCGUGGGAGAGCGUGGAGGGGCGCUUCCACGUCGUGCAGCCGGGCAGCUCGGUGGCCACCGCGCUGUCUGAAGGGGAGUCCAGGCGCAAGCACUGCGUGAUGGUGGAGAUUGUGGGGCAGCAGGAUCUGACUGAGGCUCUGCACGAGUUUGUGGAGAAGGACAACAAGGAGAGCAUGAAGGAGGCGGUGGAGCGGGCGCUGCUGGACACGCAGAGCAAGACGCUGCGGGAUGAGCGGGCCACGCAGGUGGAGCAGGACGCAGACCUCAUGAACGUCAUCAUGGACGUGAGCCACCAGCGCAAGGAGCAGGCAGCGGCCAGCGCGGCGCACAGGGCCAGCCAGGCCCAGCGCGACCACCAGCAGCAGCAGCAGCAACGGCAGCAGCAGCAGCAGCAGCAGCAGCAACGGCAGCAGCAGCAGCAGCAGCAGCGGCAGCAGCCGGCGGCAGCCAACCUCGCCAAUGGCGUGUCCGGCAUGCAGCUGGAUGACAUGGACGAUCUGGCGGCGGAUGGGCACGGGCCCUCCAACAGCAUGGGCCCGCCGCCAGCUCGCAAGCCGCGCGCGACCCCGGCGGCGCCCAAGCGUGCUGCGGCGGCAGCGACUGGGCGCGGCAAGCAGGCCAAGCUGACGGGCGGCAGCCGGCAGAGCCCGCUGAACCUGACGACGACCAGCGGCCGCGGCACGCAGCAAGGGGACAACUCGAGCACGGUGGGGGUGGCGGCGGGGCGGCGGGGCAGCAGCCGCGCGGCAGCUGCCAAGGCGCAGGAGAAGGUCAAGGCGACGUACAAGCACGCCAUCCCCGAGGAGGAUGAGGGUGAUGAGGGUGAUGAGGUGGAGAUGGUUGACCUGCUGGACUCAGAGGCAGGCGGCGUCUCAGACGACAUCUCAGACUCAGAAGAUGAUCUUGUGGAGGAGGAGCCGGAGCGGCCCAGCACCAGCCGCAAGCGCGGGCACCAGCAGCCGCCGCCGCCGCAGCAGCGCGCGCCGCCCACGGGCGGCAGCAGGCGGCGAGGCGGCGCCGCAGGGUCGCAGCACACGGGCGGCACCAGCUUUGUGGUGUCAGAUGAUGAGGAUGCGCCGCAGCAGCCGGCGGGUAGGCGCCGUGUGGGUGGCCCGGGCAUGCUGGGCACCGGGGGCGGCGCCGGCGGCAGGUCUCAGGGCACCUUUGGCACCGGCUCGCAGCAGGCGGGCAAAGGGUGGGGGGAGCUGCGGUGA